AUGUCGCAUCAUGCUCCUACUUCGCGCCCAAAGCCUCCUCCCCCGGGCAGUGAGGAAGCCUCGACCAUCCUAAAUCUCGGUGAAUUCCAACAUGUAGAUACUCUCACCCUAUCGGAGGCGUCUCUGGUCAUCAAUGCGCUUGUGACGAAGCGGAAGAUGGACCGCAAGAACAUCAACGAAACCGAAAUGUUGACGCAGACUCUCAACUACCUUGAUGCCUUCUCUCGGUUCCGCCAGAAGGAGAACGUUGAGGCCGUCGAGCGAUUGCUCAGCGCACACAAGCAGCUUGCCAAGUUCGAGCGAGCACAAAUAGGAUCCCUUUGCUGCGAAACCGCGGAGGAAGCAAAGACACUCAUUCCUUCCCUACAAGACAAGAUCAGUGACGAUGACUUGCAAAUACUCCUCGAUGAGAUCAGCAAGCUCCAAAGCCGAUGA